AGCGAUCUAUUUGCUUCCAUCAAAUUUUGUUGUUAUCUUUACUGAGAUUCCAUCACACGUUCUUAUGCAGGAGAGGGAUGCUAGUAUUUUCUUCUCUUGUAAGGUCCAUUUCUCUGUCACCCUCUCUUUUAUUGCGGUCCUCCUAGUCAAAUUCGCAAGAAUGAUUGAAUUUUGAGCCUGCCAGCUUGCACAUGUACUAAUCCAACUAUCUUAUUUACAAUAAUCUCGUAUCAUAAAUAUAGUGUCUACCAGCCUCCAGAUUUCAAGUCCCAAUUCCUCAUGGCAAUCCCUUCAUUGACCCAAAACUCUUCUUCCUACAUUGAAGGCGGUGAUGAACAAACAUUGUUUAACAAAGAAAAAGAAGAUGGCAGUGAUCAAAUUCUCUCUGUGCUCCCUAGAGAAAGAGGGUGGUUAAGUGAGCACAUUCACUUGUACCAAGGUUUUUGGUAUUCCACGGGAGUUCUCAAGGGACUCCUAAUUCUCCAGAAACAUUUUUGGGCAAAACCAAGUGACAUCCUCUUGGCCACAUAUCCAAAAUCGGGAACAACCUGGCUAAAGGCACUCCUUUUCACCAUAACAAAUCGUACAUGUAUCAGUCAUCCCAAUCAAAAUCCUUUGCUAACGGCAAACCCUCAUGAACUGGUUCCCAUGCUGGAAUCAUAUGCCGCCGCGAAUCCUGUAAACCCAAAGCCACCCAAUUCUCUCAUGCACACUCACAUUCCUUACACCUCUUUACCAGAAUCGACAAAAUCUUCAGGCUGCCAUAUUGUCUAUGUUUAUCGAGACCCGAAGGAUGUGUUAGUGUCAUGUUGGCACUUUGUAAACAUGCUGAAACCUGAAGCAGUGCCACGAAUUUCAUUAGCAGAGGCAUUUGAAAAGUUCUCUAAGGGUGUUUCACCAUAUGGACCAUACUGGAAUCAUGUGUUGGGGUAUUGGAAAGCAAGUAUAGAAUGGCCUGAAAGAGUAUUCUUUAUUAGAUAUGAAGACUUGAAGAAAGAGCCUUGUUUCCAUACAAAGAGAUUAGCAGAAUUCUUGGGGAUGCCUUUCACAACGGACAAAGAAGGUGAAAGCCUGGUAAGUAAAGUGGUAGAGUUCUGUAGUUUUAAGAAUCUGAGCAAUCUCGAUGUGAAUAAAACAGGAUCACACUCAGGGUUCGGGUUUCCGGUCAUAGAAAACAAGAUCUUUUUCAGGGAAGGUCGGGUUGGUGAUUCCCAAAACUAUCUUGAAAGAGAAAUGAUGGAUCAUUUGGAUCAAGUUACUGAAGAAAAAUUUAAGAAAUUUCAUUUGAAGACAUUUUCUCAGGAGGAUGAUGAGAAGUCAGAGGUACCUAUUGCCCUGUGAUUUUAGAAAGGGAAAACUGUGCAUGCACGUGAUUGUCCAGUGCCACUAUCUCCUGUUGCAGCUACUGGAACGCGAGAAGGUGGUUGUGGAACGUGAAAAUCAUUUCCAAUUAGGAUAAGAGCAGAGCUGUUGACAAAAUAAAUCAAGUGAGAAGAACCUAUUUAUUUAUUUACUAGUUUUAUUGAUGCAGGUUUUUAGCAGCUGUGUUAUUUAGGAGUUUGUGUU